AUCUACCGAUGCUGGUUGGCUUUAGUCGGGGGGAUGUUUGGCGGCUGUUCCCUUACUACGAGAACCACGUGCAUGAACUUGUGAGGGAAUAAGGCUACUAUUGCUUCCAGGCUACUAAGCCAGACACUGCAGUGCAGGACAGGUGUGGAGACAUUCAGUGUUGGAACUUCACCAUGGAAGGACUUCAGGUUUUAAUGGAGACUUUACUGGGCUUGGACCUGGUCCAGAAGCUGAUAGGUACAGCGAUUGCAGCAGGAGGCAUUCUGGCCUACAUGAUCUACAAAAGAGGACAAGUAAAAACUAUUCCUCUUGGUGAAGGAUGGUGGGGAGCUGGAGAAAAACCACUUUCAGAGGAUGAUAAAAUCUACCCCUUUACAGUGGAAACCUCCGAUGAGGAAAUCAAGGACCUCCAUGAUCGCAUUGAUCGAACCCGCUACACAGAAUCUUUGGAGGACAGCCGCUUCCAUUACGGCUUCAAUUCCACUCAUCUGAAGAAAGUGGUGAAAUACUGGAGACAUGAGUUUGACUGGAAGAAGCAGGUGGCAGAGCUCAACAAGUUUCCACACUUCAAGACCAAAAUAGAAGGACUGGACGUGCACUUUAUCCACGUGCGGCCACAGCACCGUGCGAAUCAGAGGGUCCUGCCUCUGAUGCUCGUCCACGGUUGGCCUGGCUCGUUUUAUGAGUUCUACAAGAUCCUGCCUCUGCUCACAGAGAGGCAGGGUGAUGUCGUGUUUGAGGUUGUUUGUCCAUCCAUACCUGGCUAUGGAUACUCAGAAGCCCCUCAUAAACAAGGAUUCAACAGCCUCGCCGCUGCCAGAGUUUUCCUGACCCUGAUGGAGCGUUUAGGAUUCUCUGAGUUCUACCUGCAGGGAGGAGACUGGGGCUCGCUCAUCACCACCAACAUGGCACAGAUGAAGCCCGAGUGUGUGAAAGGGCUCCAUCUAAACAUGAUUCUGUCAACUAGAGGGCUCAAAGUGCUGGUGUCCCUCUUGAUUGGACCUUAUCUACCAUUCCUGGUUGGCUUUAGUCAGGAGGAUGUUCGCCGGGUUUUCCCUUUUAUGGAGAAGAACGUAUAUGAAUUGUUGAGGGAAUCAGGCUACCUUCACAUCCAGGGGACUAAACCAGACACUGCAGGCUGUGGAGUGAACGAUUCUCCUGUGGGUUUGGCGGCGUACAUCCUGGAGAAAUUCUGCACCUGGACUGACAUGAAGAACAGAGAUCUGGAGGAUGGUGGGCUGGAAAAGAAAUUCAGCCUGGAUGAGCUCUUGACUAACCUCAUGAUCUACUGGACCACUGGCUCCAUUGUCCCGUCCAUGCGCUUCUACAAAGAGAACUUGAAGACUAACAUUGAUAACAGAGUGGAUUCAAAGACCGCUGUCUAUGUGCCCACUGGACUUGCUGCGUUCCCUGGUGAACUGACGCAUACCCCCAAAUCAUGGGCAGAAAUGAGGUACAAAAAGAUCUACUCGUAUACUUUCAUGCCUCGAGGCGGACACUUCGCUGCCUUUGAGGAGCCCCAGCUGCUCGCAGACGACGUCAUCCAGUUUGUGAAAAAAGUGGAGCAGCACUGAAGCUAAUGAUG